UAACCAGUAAGUGUUUCAAAAUUGAAUGGUGAUAGACAGAGUGUUUGAAAGGUUUAGCAAAAGCGAGAGAGGCAGAGAGACUCAAACACAUACAUGGGCUGAGAGAAAGAAAGAGAACGUGUAAGAAAGAGAGAGAGAGAGAGAGCUACAACAGGAUAUUUUGUCACCAUGGUUACUGGCAGCAGAUACGGAUCUUGAUUUCUGUGUGUCAUGCUGUUCUCACUCAGCUCUGUGUGGUUGUAGUGCUAUCAGGACAGCGCUCACAACUGAGAUAAACUUUGCACAAGACGUUUCAUGCCUUCUGGAUCAAUGCCGCUUCAGUAAAUCUGAGGAAAAACAUUGUCCAUCUGUGAGUAACUGGUUCCUGAUAUAUCAAGAUGGCUUCUUCCACUGUGCCUGUGACCAACUCAACCGCCAACAAUGACUCAACCUGUGACACCCUAUAUGACCACCGGGUCUAUGCCAGGGUCCUCAUGCCUAUUUUCUAUUGUACUGUGUUUGUUGUGGGGCUGCUUGGUAACUGCCUCGCCCUCCAUGUAAUCCGUCCCAAUCUGAAGAAGAUCAACUCCACCACCCUGUACUCUCUCAACCUGGUCAUUUCUGACAUCCUCUUCACCCUGUCUCUGCCCGUGAGGAUUGUCUACUAUGCUCUGGGCUUCCACUGGCCUCUGGGCGAGUCGCUGUGUAAGGUUUCCGGCCUCAUCUUCUAUAUCAACACUUAUGCAGGGGUCAAUUUCAUGACCUGCCUCAGUGUAGACCGUUUCAUUGCUGUGGUCUUGCCUCUGCGCUUUGCCCGACUCAGGAAGGUCAGUAACGUGCGCUACAUUUGUGUGGGUGUUUGGAUGCUGGUCCUGGCACAGACUCUCCCCCUCCUCAACAUGACUAUGGUCCACAAGGAAAAAGAUAACUACACCACCUGUAUGGAAUACCCAAACUUUGAGAAGGUCGACCAUAUUGCCCCUAUAUUGAUUGGGGCUGUUACACUGGGUUUUGUCUUCCCUGUGAUCACCAUCCUGGUGUGCUACUCUGUCUUAUGCUCCAAACUCCACUUAACAGCCAAGAGCAACCAUUUGACAGAGAAAUCCGGUCGCAGCCGUAAGGCCAUCGGUGUGAUCUGCUGUGUGUCCCUGGUGUUUGUUGUCUGUUAUAGCCCCUAUCACAUUGACCUUCUACAGUACAUGAUCCGCAAGCUGGUGUCAAGCCCUGACUGCACUGAUCUCACAGCCUUUCAGGUGUCGCUGCACAUCACGGUGUGCCUGAUGAACUUCAACGCCUGCUUGGAUCCAUUCAUCUACUUCUUUGCCUGCAAGGGUUACAAAAGGAAACUUAGGAAGCUGCUGAAGAUGCAUGUCAGCAUGUCCUUCUCCAGCGCAGUGAGGACGUCACCUGAAGGCUCCUCCAAGGAUAUUAUCGAUGGCAACAGGAUCCCACUAAACAGUACUACUGUAGGCGGAACCAAUGAUAGACUCACAGAAAAGAGAUCAAACAGGUGUGAGUGAGGUGAAGAGCUGAGGCACCAAGAGUCGCCUAAGUUAUGAGCAUCUCUCAUGUCUCAGUGGGUGUACUUCAAUCAGGACAAUGUCUCAGACAAACUGAUCUGAACAUGGAGACAGACUCAGUCGUGUCAUCAUUGACUCCGAGCAGCUUCUCAACAUCUGGAUCCGUAGGAAUCCAGAAGUGUUGGAGCGGAUUAGUUUACAUAAGAGAAGAACUUCAACAAAAUUUUAAUAAGAAAAACACAGUACCUCUUCUGUUUACAUAUGCUCUUCUUAUUGUUUGAAUUGGUCAGAAAAGCUGAAACGAUUGCAGCUAACAAAAGAAAGGAGGAUACUUUUUUCAGCAUAGCAUGCAAGGGACCUGUCAGUGAACGGAUGAGGCAGACCUCAAAGCAGAGCAUGUUGGAAGAGAACAGUCAACUGAUAAAGAGCUGACAUCGAUGAGCAUCUGCUGCUUGACACGCGAAGAGUUAAAUCCUUAAAGCAAUAUACUCAUCUGAAAACAAAAAACAUUUUUGGAAGCCUGCAACUGAAUACCAGCUGUCAGAAAGUGAGUUCACAACUGAUCCAGGUCUCACAGUGUUACAAUCAGGAACUGAGAUGUUAAGGUGGAAGUAGAUGGAUAAGUUUCAUUCCAAAAUGAAAUAAGACUCACAAUCUUAACUUUCAGUUUAGCACACAGUUGUAAUAUCUUAGGAAAACUGCUAAGCUGUACACUCACUAUCUCAGCCGCUUUAGCAUUCAUUUACUCAUGUCAAAACUGGACAUGAGUAAUAUUAUACCUUUAUUUAUUAGCUUACAGAUUGACAUAUUAAAAUUAGGCGCCAUUUCAUUUGUGAAAAAAUGCUGGAUCUCUUGACAUAUUUAAUAGUUUCUGUUUGUACAGAAGUUAAAGAAUUAAAUAUAUUCUAAAUGUCUAAACAUUAAUGGACACUGUAAGUGAAACUGUAAAUUUGUUUUGUCCACAUUUGAAUGAUGCAGUGAUUAUUGAAAAAAGAGUUUUGCUUCCUCAUUCCCUACAAUUUGAACACAUUUUAAAAAUGUCUGAAAUAAAAAAACAAAGAAAACAGCCACUUGUUUUUUUU